CACAAGUCCCCGAACGGCGCCACUUGUUUACAUUCUUGUGCGCGGCGAGGUGCGGGUGUUGUCAUGGAGCCGCCGAGCCCUCCCUCACCCUCUGCCAUCUGCUCCCUAGCCCUAUAACACUAAUAAUGAUGUAGCAUUGGUUGCUGUAUGAUGUUGACCUGAACAUCUAGAGAAUGAUGAUGACUCAAGAUGAGGAGGACCUGGAGGAGGAGCUACGGUGUCUGGACAUACGAGAGGACCAUGGGGCUGAGGACAGUGAUGUCACCCCAAUCAACACACCUCCCUGCACCCCACCUAUCCUCUAUAUCAAGAAGUAUCCCCCAUUCAAGCCCUUUGAAGAGAGGCACAAAGAGACAGAGAGGCAUUCAAGAUUGGAUGACUUUGACAGUAGAAGUGAGUCAUCACUCUCUUGGGGAGAUGAUGAGUUUGAGGGUGAAGCCACAAGACAAGUUGGAGCACUGUUUGACCAGCUUGAUUCCCUGCUCUACAAAGAAGAAACUCCACUGUCUCCCAUACCAUACUCGCUUGAAACAAGCAGUAGCUCUAACUCCCCAAUUUUUAUCAAGAACAUGGACCAUCCUCUAGGAGACUUUCAGGAAGUAAUCUCAAAAAAUGCUUUCCACAACCUUUCAAGACUGACUAGCACUAGUGAAUCUGAGAGUUCUUUCACUACAGAUCAAGUCAUUGAUGUAGAAGAUGUCACUUCAGAGAUUUUCUAUGACAGUGGUAGACUGAUCACCCAUAGUGGGCCAGCACCUCACCAGCCUUCCCCAGAACUGCAGGAGGAAUGCCUAGAUUGGGUUGACCAGUUUCCUCACUUCAGGAUUAGAGGGUAUCAGCUUUCUUCUGGAAUGCUGAACAUCCUUGACCACUGUUUAGACACUGAAGCUUUAUCUCAAGAGAGUGAUUAUGAAGGUGAAGAAGAAACAAUUGCUCAAGAUGGUGAUUUCUAUCACUUGCUCCCCCUAGUAACCUGCAACAGUGCCAACCAGACAAAGGAAAGAGCCAACCCAAAGAGGGAGGCCCCCAGUAGCAGAGUUUGUAGUGGAUCAAAUGACCCAGAUGUUUUGAAAGAGCAAGUCUUAAUAAUGCUUUUUGACAAACUGUGGUCAUCCAUGACAGGGAUUAUUGAGCCUCUUCUUCACCGGUAUGCAAAGUAUGUGAUAGAACAGUCAGUGCAAUACUCGUCUCUCUCAAGGGAGUCCAGCACUAAAGGAUCUAGAGUAGGGAAUCAGAUGUUUAAUAGGAAAGUGAGUGAAGAAUUAGUUAGGACAAAGCCAAAGUUUCCAGUGCCAUCAGAUGCCUUACACAGACCUAAUAGUGGAGCAUAUGGAAGGAACCACAGUGCAAACAGGCCUUUGAGCACUAUGCGUCGGCCACUCAGUGCUGCUAACAGACUGCAAAGUGCUGCCUCUGUGCCAGAUGUCCUCCAGGAGGAACUAGAAGACUUGUUACAGGUUUCUCCCAAGGUCUUACAGAGCCACGAAGACAGAGGAAGGAGCCGUACUUCCUCAGCCUCAACCACUAGAGGAUCUUCAGCACAGUCUUUCAAGUCACAAAUUUCCCUUCCUUCCUUGACAACCCCAAGGACACCUGUACAUAGACCAGUGUCAUCUAAAACUGCCAACCAUCUCCUCACACCCAUGAAAGUGGAGGUUCUCUCCAGCGGGGUAGAACAACAACCCGCAUCUACCUCAUCCUACCAUUCCCGUGCUAGAUUCCAGGAAAAACUGCAACACCUCAGCCGGCAGGGAACAAUCCAGGAAACCCGGGGUGAUGAUCAGGAACUGGAGGGAGAGGAGGAAGCCAGUUCAGUGUGGUCACGACACAUAUCCUUCCUCCCACCAAUUUCUGAUAACAGCGAGGUUGCUUCAUGCAAGAGUAAUGUAGGCCCACAUGGAGGGAGGGCAGCUGUUCUAGCCAAAAGAAGGGAUUCAACUGAGGGAACUCUUUCUCUUGUUCAGGAUGUUCAGCCACAGUCCCCGGUCAUGACAGGGGAGAGCCCUCUGCUAGCCACCCUUAGUGUUAGAGGCAAGCCGCUGUUGGCAGCACAUCGCCCCCAAACACACUCCAGGCGUAGAAAGCACGUUUUGGCUUCAGGGAUGCAGCCAGUUGUUCCCUUCCUCUCAUGGGUAAUGGAACAUGUUGACAGUGGUGCUAAGUUGGUAAUGAAAAAACGAAACCUAGUGGCCAAGAAUGCUUUUGUCAAUGGGGAGAUUAAAAAUAAUUGUUGGAUGAGGAGUAAGCAGUUUAAAAGGUCAGAAGAUUCAGCCUCCAUUGUGCACUUUAUCAUUCACAUCAUGGAAGCACUGCUUGCAUGGUGUCUUGUGCUGGGUCCUUUUGUUUGUGCUGCAUGGUCAGAGCUCUCAUGGAUGCAUUUUGCUAAUCAAAGACCCUCUAUGAAGUGAACCUUUAUAUUAUUUACAUUAUACUUAUUCCUUCUUAUUACAUUACACUUCCCACUGCCAUUGUAUUGUGCCAGCAUAACAAGAAAACCUUAAUAUAUACAUGCAUGUGCAGAUAUACAUUGCACUACAAAGCUUACAAAUACAUCUAUUUGUGUUUGCCAGUUAUCUUAUUGUUGUGUCAAGGGAACUUUUAAGUUUGUACCACUUUGUUUGGUUUGGUUUGGUUUCUUCUGACCCGAGGGAGUUAGGUAAUUUCCUUUUUUUCUCUAUCACUUUUGUUUUUUCAAUCAAUUCAAGAUUACAUAACCCACUUCAUCAUCAGGCUAAUUUCUGCUAAAAGAGUUACAUAAUAGGGAAGACAGUUAUCAUCAUUCCCCAGUUACUAAAAGAUCUUAAACAGUUCUUAUGAAUUUUUAGAAAAGAAAAAAAAUAUGCAUUUCAGCUUGUGCAUUGGUUUAGUGCAGUAGAGCGAAAUGCAAGUCUGAGAUUUGAAAUAGUUACUGGAAAAGUUAAUAUUCAUCAGAAUUAUAUACUAUACAUUCCCCAACAAAUUAAAAUGAUAUUAAUUGUUCCUUGUUUGCUUUAGUUAUUGAGUAACAUUAUUUUGUUUCAGUUCAGUUUUCAUUAUAUUUAUGUAAUAAUUAUUUUCCUCUCACCUUAUUGUGUAUGUUCUACAUCUUAAUGAUAACACAAUAUUUGUUAUAUGUAGUUACCUAAUUUCCAUCUUAAAUUUUGUUUUGUUCUGUAACUAAUGUAUUCUAGGGAUUGAAAUGUGUGAAGCUUUGUAUUAUCCAUGAUGUUGUGAUAAAGCAAACAUUAUUUUCUUUCCCCACAGGUACUCCCAUCAUUGAGAGUGGGAGAAGCCAAAAACUAAUCCAUCCAUCCUAUAAAUAGAGAGAGAGAGAGAGAGAGAGAGAGAGAGAGAGAGAGAGAGAGAGAGAGAGAGAGAGAGAGAGAUUUAAGGUGCUUAGGAGGAUAGAAUGUGUAUACAAAUAUGAUAUUAUUAGUUUUCUAAAAGAAUGAAAUAUAUAAUUGUGAUCUCCAGCAUUGCAUAUGUGUGCUGCUGUUUGUAGCUUGAAGUGACUGUUUGUAAAGUAUGAAAGAUUUAAGUAUAUAUGCAUUGUCUUACUUAUGUGCAUAUGCAUAUCCAGGCAAAGGAACACAUAUCUCAGAAAUUCAUAUAAAAAAUGUUCAUAGAGUUUUCCCACUUAAUGCACUAGAAAUACUUGACCUAUUUCUCUUCAUCUAACCAUACACAUAUUGGACUAUAUUGUCAGCAUUUCCACAUAAUCUCAUACUAUGACUCUCUGCAAAACAAAGUAUGGUUGAUGAUGUGGCAAAGAUGCAGUUUGGAACUUCUGUGAAGCAGCAUCUGACUGGGACAGACACAGCAUUUAGCUUGAGCAGCCUUACACUGCUGUCUGUGUAAGACUCUCAUGUUACCUGAGGGUGUGGUGAGGAAUGCAAGUGCCUAUUGCUGUAGUAACAAAGAAAGUACUGUGUCUGUUGGCUCUUAUUGCACUGUUCCAUAUCUCAGGGUCAUGUUUUGCUCCCAUACAUGUGCAAUCUUUUUCUCCUUUUUUCUUUUUUCUUUUUUUUGUUGAUGUUACUGAAAGAUUUUCUUUAUUUCCUUUGAUAUUGUAGAUUACUGAGAAGAAUUUAUUUUCUCUUACAUAAUAUCCAAAAUGACAAACUUAAAGUGAGAAACUACUAGUCUUAAAAAUAAUUAGCUUAAAUCCUGUCUAAUGUAAUUGGAAAGCUGUACAGAAGUCAGAAUUGUUGUAUUGUAAUGAUUUUAUUAUUAUUAUUAUUACUACUACUACUACUACUACUACUACUACUACUACUACUACUUAAUUUAAUAAUACCUCCACCCCAUGUUUAUUGAUGUGUCAAUUAGGGGCUCCAUUACUUGGAGGUCAUUAGCCCCAGCUCUCGCUAAUGACUACUACUACUACUACUACUACUACUACUACUACUACUACUACUACUACUACUACUAAUACUAUUAUUAUUAUUAUUAUUAUUAUUAUUAUUGUAAACCUUCAGUAUAUUUGAACCUUUGUAUGUAAAAUUUGUGACUGAACUUCAAACUUUGAGCCAACUGAAUAAGCAUCAAAACAUGCAGCCACAUCAGCCUAACAAAUACCUGUAUUGCCCAACAGAGGAUAGUAAUAUGUAGUGGCAUAUGGUGAAUGUCAUCCACCAGGGAUAGGAUGAGUUGUAUGUAGCCUCAGUUUGAACACACAUGCUGUGCACUGAAUGUUGCUCCAGUGUCUCCCGUCUGUUAGCUUUCCUACGUGUUUCCCACAGAAAUUAUCUUUGUCAACAGUGACGAUAAGUGACACUUCAUUACAGUAACCGACACAUGAAAGCAGUCUUAUACAAGUGCAGUGUGCAAGUGUUAGUUUUUAUUCUUGUGUACAUAAUUUCUUCUGAUUUCUCUGAGUGAGGGAGGAGUUUUCAGAUUUAUGGAACAUUUGUGGCCUUAUCAACUCCAGCUUCCCGAGAAUUUUUGAUUUUGUACAUCAUCAGUUUAUUGGGGUUAUUAUUAUUAUUAUUAUUAUUAUUAUUAUUAUUAUUAUUAUUAUUAUUAUUAUUAUUAUUAUUAUUAUUAUUGUUAUUGUUGUUGUUAUUGUUAUUACUUCUACUAUCAUCAUAACUGUCAUCAUUAUUUAUUAUACAUUGUCAUUAUUGUCAUUUUAACAUUGUAAUUUUCCAGUUUGUACUUUAUUUGACCAAGACAGCUGUGCACUUCAUUGAUCCGUCCAGAGUUUUGUAAGUUAUGUGUGGUGUACAGGAUAAAGAAUAUAAGUGCAAUUGUA